ACCUCCCAAGCACCCUUCAUCUAUUUCCUCCUAUUUCUCUGCAACUCUCACGUUCUGACUUGCCCAGUCUACAGCAUUUAGACACCAUGUUGGAAGGGUAAAUUAGAAGCAUGCAAGGAAAAGAAGAGCAGUUCAGCUGAAUUUUAGCUGUUGGGUUUCCUGCUUGAACAAAAUACAUGUAUUGAACAACUAUAGGAAAAAACCUGCAGAACAGAACAGUUACAAAUGGAAAAUGCAAACACUGAAAAAAAAGAGGAAUCACAUUCAUAUCAGCAUAUUGAACAGUGGACAAAAGAGGAAGUCAAACAAUGGGCAACUGAAGUUGUUAAGAUUGACCAGAAACAUGCAGAAAUCCUGUUUAACCAAGAAGUGACUGGUUUUACUUUGAAACUGAUUACUAAAGCAGAUUUUGUGGAAAUGGGCAUACCUUAUGGGCCUGCUCUUCAAUUAAUGUAUUUCCUGAAAGAGCAUGGCAUUCUAGCUAGAGGUUCAAACCAGGCUGUGGAACAAGAAAGCACUGAACAUAGUCUUGAUGAAGAAGGAGAAGAUGGAGAAAUGGCAAAGAAAGAGUGCAAGAAGAAAUAUGGGUCAUUUAAUUCCAGUAUACUACAGGAUUCUAAGACAGAGCCCAUAGAAGACAAAAAAGCAAUGAAGUCAGCUGACAAAGAGAAUGUAUCAGAGAAGCCACUGUCAGGCAGCCAGCACCCAACUGGAAAGAUGUGUAUGCCAUAUCCUUUUGAUAAUUUCAGUGAUGGUACUCGAUACACACAGUAUAAUAUUCUUAAUGUCCCUGAAACAGGGCCACUCAAUCUCAUUGAUCCAGCACAUGAAUUCAAAUCACUUACCAACACAGAGAAUACACUAGAAGAGGAUAUCAUGAUGAAAUUUAGCAAUGAAGUCUUUAGAUUUGCUGCAGCCUGCAUGAACUCCCGCACAAAUGGCACUAUUCAUUUUGGAGUCCAUGACAAUCCACAUGGGGAAAUUGAAGGAAUAAAAGUUACCAAAAAAGAAACAUACGUUGACCAUUUGAAUAAGUUCAUCGGAAAGUACUUUAACGAGCAAUACACCAGCAUUGCAAAAGCUUGCAUUAGAGAACCUAGAUUUGUGGAAGUAUUAUUACAAAAUGGAACUCCAUCAUAUAAGUUUGUCAUUGAAAUAGAUGUGGUUCCCAAACACUGCAUCUGUGGUGCAAAAUAUUUCUGUACCAAAACAUACGAAUAUGAGACUAAGAGUUGGAAAAAAGCUGUCUUCAUCCGGGAUGGAGCUAGUUCCAAAAAUAUUCAAAAUACAAAAGAAUUUGAAACUUUUAAAGGUACCUUGACAUCUUUAGCAGAUUCUCGUAAAAAAGCAGAGGAAGAAUAUAACUUAAAGCAAAAGAAGUCAAUGAAUGAAGGACUAAAGCUAGUUAGUCUGCUCACGGGUAACAGGGACUCACUAGAUAGCUCUUAUUAUGACUACUACAUUUUGGUAACAAACAAGUGCCACCAAAGUCAAACUUCGCACUUAGACUUUUUACAAGAAAUAAAAUGGUUUGCUGUGCUUGACUUUGAUUUUGAAUCAGAAAUGAAUGGUGUGUUCAAGACUUACAAAAAAAAUCGAAAUGCCAAAUCUCACUUCCCAGAUUAUUUUGAAAACAAGGUGGGUUCAGUUUCUGAACAAGCUGAAAAGCUGAAACUGCAUCAGGAGACCAACUGGAUUUUCUGCAAUGGUGGAUCAGACUUCAAAGGCAAUAGCAAACCACCAUUAGAUUCCACUUCAUGGCAACAAGACAGAGCUGCUGGUGUCAGAAAAAUGAUUUCAUUUCUUUCACACAAAGAUGUAAAGCAGAGUGGAAAGUUUUUAAUAGUGUUUCUUUUGCUUUCCACAGUGGAAGAUUCAGUGGAUCCCCUUACUGAGACUUUUAUGACAUUUUACCAAGAAUUAAAGGGACUAGAAUACAUGGUCUGCAUUUGCAUUGGUGCAGGCACGUACCAGCGAUGGAAAGAUCUUCUGCAUGCUAGAGGCAUUAGUGAGGAAGCACUUUCAAACAAAUGUGUUUCUAAUUUAACCCUGCAAAUGGUGAAUGGUACCAUCAUGAAAUUAAAAACAGUGACACAGUCUUCAAAAAGACUUCUGCCCUCUGUUGGUCAUUCUACCAUUCUUCUAAAGAAGAAAGAAGACUCCAUGGCAGCACUGGAAAUACUUUGUGAAAAUGAAUGCAAAGACACAGAAAUAGAGAAGGAUGCAGAUAAAUUUGAAAAUUUCCGGAAAGAGCGGGAAGAAGAUUUUUAUCGAGGUGGUAAGGUAUCAUGGUGGAAUUUCUAUUUUUCUUCUGAAAAUUAUACUUCAGAUUUUAUCAGAAGGGACAGUUAUGAAAAGCUUGAACAGCUAAUUGUGUCUUCAUCUAAUAGUGCUAAUCAAUCACCUGUAAAAAUUAUCAACCUUUACCACCACCCAGGCUGUGGUGGGACAACAUUAGCUAUGCAUAUCCUUUGGGAUCUCCGGAAGCAAUUCAGAUGUGCUGUUCUGAAAAACAAAACAAGUGAUUUUGCAACACAGCUGACAACUUUACUCACCUGUGGAGCAAACAAUGACACAGGCUAUUUACCAGUGUUACUUCUUGUGGAUGAUUUUGAAGAGCAAGAAAAUGUCUAUUUUCUGGAGAAAGAAAUUCAGGCAGCUAUAACAGAAAAAUGCAUUCGGUAUGUAACUCCUUUAGUGAUCAUUCUAAACUGUAUGAGAUCUCAGAAUCCUGAUGAAAGUUCAACAACCUAUUCCUUGAACAGUAUUUCUUUAAAACAUAUGCUUUCUGAAAAAGAGCAAAGGGCCUUUGAUCAGAAACUAAAAUAUAUUGAAAAGGUGCAUCCAAAUCCUGACAAUUUCUAUUCAUUUAUGAUUUUGAAGAAAAACUUUGAUAAACAGUACAUAGAAAAAGUGGUAAAAAAUACCUUGCAUAACUUGAAUACUGCGUCUAAACCAGCACAACUUGUUUGCUAUCUAACACUGUUAAACUCGUAUGUAAGAACAUCUAUAGUUUCAAUAUCACUAUGUGAAGAAUUCUUAGGAAUUAAUUCUCAAGAGUUUGGCUGCAGUAAAGAUAAAUUGAUAGAAAAGAUGGGAAUUUGUUCCAAUAUUCUAAUAUAUGAUCAGGUACAUGAAUACACGAGAUACAAAGGUCUUCGCAUCAUUCACCCAUUGAUAGCAUCUCACUGCCUAACAGAAUUGAAACGAACCUAUGACUUGCCUAAAAGUGAAAUCACAUUGCAGUUAUUGAAAGAAGAUGUAUUUUAUAAGACUUGGUUAAAGAAAGACAAACUUAUUCAUGAUAUACAAACCCUGCUGAUUACCAGGCAGCGCAAGGAACAUGGCGAUGAGUCAGACACAUUGUUUUCCCCCUUAAUUGAAGCCAUUCAUAGGGAAGAGAAGUGUGGUAAUGUGGAAUAUGUGUUAAAAGAAGCAUCCACUAGAUUUGAGCAAAACGGUUACAUUUGCCAAGCCUUAGCAAGAUACUUCUACAUCAAAGAAAAGAAAUUUGACUCUGCAUUAUACUGGGCCAAAGAAGCCAAACAAAGAGCACAACACAAUUCAUACGUAUCAGAUACGCUAGGUCAAGUCUUCAAAAGUAAGCUAAGACACUGUGUAGAGUGCAAAGCAAAGAAUACAGUCCUGACAGCUGAGGAACUGAAAUACUUGCUAGAGCUUGCUGAGAAGGCUUCACAGGCUUUCAGAGAAUCUCAGUGUCAAGCUGAAAAUGCAGGCAAUGGACAAUAUUUGCAGCAGGAAAAGCUUAAAAGAAAGUUUAAAACGUACAAUACUGCUGGUUAUCAGGGAGAGAUAGAAACUGGUCUUUAUGUUAUUGAUGUCCUUUGGCGUGUUCCUUUUUUCAGAAAAGAUGACUUACAGUGUAGAAAAAAUAUGACAAAGUAUCUAUCAGGAAACAGUGUUUUGAAUGUAGAUAAGCCUAACACAGAGAGUGAAAUGUUCAAGGUUCUUGAACAUCAUUCCAGCUUUUUAUGUAAUUUGCGAUCACGGAUGAAAAGGGCAUUUGACUUUUUUGAAGACUACUUUGUGUUUUUCAAAACACAGACCAACGAAAAAGAAAUUGUAGAAGCAAAAUCGUAUGAGAAGGUUCAAGAACAUUUUACCAAAUACACAGAAAUAUUUUGUGAUUUCAGUUUUGAGCAACUAAAAAGUAAACAGGUCUCAAAGUGGUCCAGGUCUCAGUAUAUAGAAGCAUACAGGGACACUAUGGAGGCUUCCAAAGCAGGCUCAUUUUCUGGCAUUCUGGAAUACCUCCACAGAAAUCACAGAAAUGCUGACAGAGAAAUAGAAGACAUAGUAGAAGCCUAUGCAGUUUUGUUGGAGAAUGCAGAAGCAACUCUGAAAGACAAACAGAAUUUGAUUUUGGCAAAUGUUGUUCUGAGCUGCAUUAGACCUAAAUCCACUAAGUUACAUCCUUCUAAGGUGCUGAGAAGUCUGCUUCUAAGCAUUCUACAGGAAGUGGAAUCAACUUCACAGUGUGUAGAGCCCUUCUUCCUAGCCUCCUUGUUGUUCUGGCCCCAAAAUACAAAAGAACUAAAUAAAGAUUCCAAGAAAAUGGAAACUUUUGUUAGACGCUUAAGUGAGUCUUUCAAAGAGCUCUAUGGAACCCUGCAUUGUUCCAGGCAGCCUCUGGCUCUUUUCUAUCUGGCGAAAGGCAGUGGCCUGAACAGAUUUGUUCACAAAGGAAAAAUAGAUCAGCUUUUCAGUUCACUUUCAGAACAGGAACUGAAUUCCCUCUGGCAGAGUGGAAGUAUCUGGAAGACACAGGCUGUUCAAAACCUUUUGCUUCCUUUGGAUGGAAGAGCUGAGGGUAAGGUUAUCUAUGUAGACUACGGCAGCACUGAAACCUUUAGGAUACCAGUGAAGCCUGUUCCCUCAUGCCUAUUGAAAAAUGGCCCAAACAUAGAAAGAGUGUCUUUUUACCUUGGGUUUUCCAUUGCUGGUCUCCUGGCAUACAACACACAAAGUCUGUCAUUAAAAAAAUAGGUAUUGCAGUUUCUCAGCUACAAGGCUUUUUCAGGCAAAAUUAUCCUUUAACUGGUUUUUGGUUUGGUUAUUUUUUGGUCAACAAUUGCAAAUGACAACUUCAGGCUGCCCAUUAUAUUUCUUUCCUUACUAUGUUAGUCUUUCAGUCCCAUGCAGAAUUGCAUCUCUACUGUCAUAACUGCUGUUUGGACAGUUAGUCAAACUGAAAUGUUGGUGCAGUUAGUCCUGUAGACUGGUCACUACUACUCAAAGUUCUUUGGUUGAUAACAACAUGAGAAAUCAUAAAAAAAAAAAAAAGAGAGAAUUCUAAAAA